AUUAAAUUCUAACUGGCGUACAGGGAAAGCAGACAUGAUGUUUAUAUUUCUGCUUUCUGUUCUCAAUACUUCUUCUAGCAGCUUCAAUGGGUGUCGUUACUCGUACGGACAGACGAGAGUCGGAGAGGUAAGAUCUAGAGUUCCGGCGGAUGCUGCUAUCCUGCUCCGGCGUUGUCCUCAAGGUUAGAACCGAAGAGGAGUACAACCGCCGGCAAGUGCCAGCAGCUAACAGAAACGAAUGCACAGCAGAUCAGAAGCUUGUAUGCGUCACAAGCGGCGUCUGUUUCCUUGGCAUCGCUAUUGUGAAAAAACUCUUACUCAGAGGCUAUUCCGUUCGGAUCAUCGUCGAUAACGAAGACAAUAUUGAGCGAUUGAGGGAGAUAGAAAUUACAGAGGAGGCAGGAGGAAGAUCGAACAUUACUAUCAACAAUCAGAUCGGAGUUGUUGUUGCGAAGUUCAACGAACUUCAGAGCUUAAUGGAAGCGUUCGAUGGAUGUUCUGCUGUAUUUCAUUCGCCGGCUUUCAUUGAUCCGAGUGGACUCUCCGGCUACUCAAAAAUAAUGGCUGAAGUAGAAGCAAGAGCAGCAGAAAAUAUAGCGGAAGCCUGUGCUGCCACGUCAUCAGUUAGGAACUAUGUGCUUACAUCUUCUCUAUUGACAUGCAUUUGGAGAGACAUUUCCGAUAGCAGCCUUUUUCUCAUGUAGUGGAUCAUAACACAUGGAGUGAU